AUGUGCGCAAAAGCACCCUAUGAUAAGCCACUUCUGGUGCUGGCACUGGCUAAACAAUUGUAUCAGGACGAGCAAAAAGACGCGGCGAUUAGAGCCUUGGAAGAGUUGGCAAAUCAUUGGAACAAACGAAUAAAUCCGAUUCCACAUUCAACUGGAAAAGAAAUGGUGCCUCCAUCGACCAAAGAACCAGGAAGAAUUUGUGCGAAAGUGCUCCUGAAACUCGGAGAAUGGACAGAGCACAAAGCAAGAAAUGCGAAUAUUCUGCCAGCCGGAGAACUUUCAUUCGUCCAACAACAAGUUUCACCGCCUUAUCGAACUUCUAGAGACAACCGUCCACCAGAGACUAUUGCAUUCGAGAAUACCAUAAACUUUUAUCAACAGGCUGCGAAAUAUGAUCCAGAUUGGCACAAAGUAUGGCAUAAGCUAGCGUCAACACACUUCUAUGCAGUUUGCAGAGAACGGCCGCAUCCGAGAAUUAUUCAUCAAAAAGAGAAGCCGCCAGUGCUUUCGAAACAGGUUCCCGCAUCGAAACGAGCAAUGCCAGUGAUCAAGCCAGCAUCACCGCCACCGCCAGCUCAGAAGUCUCCACAGCCUGCUGCAUUCCAUAGUAGCACAAAUACGGAACCACUAUCUGUAGAUUGUAACUCUUGCGAAGUUUAUAUAGAUUGCCCUGUUCCACCACCACUUGGAUCACUCAUCGGACUUGGACCAAUGCCGAACUUCUCAUCUCCAUCUCCAGCGCAACCAUAUCACCACCAUCCAUCUCCACUGGCAUUCCCAUCUGGAAACACGAUGUAUUUAGAGCAUGCUGCUCAAGCUGUUACAUGCUUCUCAAAGGCACUCAUGACCUCGCCUGGAUCUCGACUUGAGGAUACUCUUCGUUUGAUGCAACUGUGGUUUGACUUUGGAGAGCAUGAUAGUGUCUAUUAUGCACUUUCGGAUAAUAUUUUCGAUCUUCCCGUUACCACGUGGCUUGAAGCGAUUCCUCAAUUGAUGGCUCGUCUCGAUUGUCCUCAUGACCAGAGGAGCGUCCAGUUGGUGCUUCGAGUGCUUGGGGAAAUUGCAAAGCAUCGACCGCAAGCAAUCAUCUAUGCAUUGACAGUAGCAUCGAGAAGUUCCGAUGAGCAUCGUAGUAAGAAUGCGCAUAUGGUGUUAGACAAGAUGAUGGAGUAUCAUUCGAAAUUGGUUGGAGAAGCGAAACUUGUUACCGAGGAGCUCGUCAGAUGUGCGAUUCUGUGGCAUGAGCAAUGGCACGACGCUCUUGACGAUGCGUCUCGUGUCUACUUCCACGACAACAACGUACAAGCCAUGUUUGACGCUUUGAGAAAUAUGAACGAAAUGAUGCAGAAGGGAGCGCCAACGACAAUGAAAGAGCACAGUUUCCAACAGACUUAUAGUGCAGACCUCAAAGAAGCAGGACAAUAUGUGAUUGCUUUUGAGAGCAGUGGGAAUGUCAAGGAUCUGAAUCAAGCAUGGGAGAUUUAUUGCGCGGUUUUCAAAAAACUUCGUGAUCAAUUGGCCACUCUAAACUCACUGGACCUGGUUUAUGUGUCUCCAAAUCUAGUCAGUGCCAAGGAUCUGGAGCUCGUUGUUCCUGGAACUUAUGAUCCAUCGGCACCAAUCGUUUCGAUUCAGAGUUUCAGCUCGAAAAUGAGUGUCAUUACAAGUAAACAAAGACCACGCAAGAUGAUGAUCCGUGGUUCCAAUGGACUCGACUAUCAAUUCUUGCUCAAAGGACACGAAGAUCCACGACAAGACGAGCGAGUGAUGCAACUCUUCGGACUCGUCAACACCCUUCUCGCCAAUAAUUCCGAAACGUGCCGAAGAAAUUUGACUAUUCAGCGUUACUCUAUCGUCGCGCUAAGUAAGGAUUCCGGAUUAAUUGGUUGGGUGCCGAAUUGUGAUACCCUUCACACGCUUGUAAAGGAAUAUCGAGAGAAGAAGGCCAAGAUUCCGCUGUCUAUAGAGCACAAAACGCUUCAGAAGCUAACUCAAGACACGGAACGUUUGACGACAAUGCAGAAGCUUCAAUGUUUCGAGAGUGCUCUUGCUGCCACACAAGGAGAAGAUCUUCGUCAGGUGCUGUGGUUGAAGAGUCCAAGUUCUGAAGUUUGGUUCGAUCGAAGAACGAACUACACACGAUCCGUUGCUUGCAUGUCUAUGGUUGGAUAUAUUCUAGGACUUGGAGAUAGACAUCCAUCUAACUUGAUGCUCGAUCGUCUGACCGGAAAAAUCGUCCACAUUGAUUUCGGAGACUGUUUCGAAGUGGCAAUGCUUCGUGAAAAGUUCCCAGAGAGAGUACCAUUCCGAUUGACAAGAAUGUUGAUCAAUGCAAUGGAAGUCACUGGUCUCGACGGUGUUUUCAACUACACAGCUGAACGUGUUCUGAAGAUGUUGCGUACAAAUCAAGAAUCACUUCUAGCCGUUCUGGAAGCCUUUGUCUAUGAUCCAGUUAUCAAUUGGAGGCUGGUAGAAGGAAUGAAAAAGGAUCCAAAAGCGAAAAAGGAGCCAGGAGGGGGUAGAGCACAUGUGAUUGCUACUGUAAAUGCGGUACUUCCAUCGACGAGUACCACUGAUUCAAUCAUGGAAACGAUCAAAAGGAAGUUGGAUGGAACCGAAUUCGCUCAAAACGACGGAUCAAAUCCACUGGAAGCUCUUGCAGUUGCUGAUCAGCUCGCACUGUUGGUUGAGCAAGCCACGUCUUCAACCAACUUGUGUCAGAGUUAUAUUGGAUGGUGUCCAUUCUGGUAG